UCCUUGCUAAACGCCGCCCCUCUGUCUCGACGCCUAACUCGGGUUCUUGCUCUCCAGCGGCCGUGUGUCACCGAGGCUGGGCUGCGGCCAGACGGAGGGCUGGAAAGCACUACUUAGCCCAAAAGUGGUAUCGCAGCGGGGCGGAGGGGCCGGUCCAUACAGUUUCACACCCAAAUAAACCCCGUAGGUUGAAUCUCACGGCCCACUGUGUCAGCACCGCUCGUUACCCUGAUGUCGGAUUUCAAGCUCGGGAUUGUACGGCUCGGCCGUGUGGCCGGGAAGACAAAAUACACUCUGAUUGAUGAGCAGGACAUACCCCUAGUGGAAAACUACGCCUUCGAGGCUCGUAUGGAGGUAGAUGCUGAUGGCAAUGGUGCAAAAAUCUUCGCUUACGCUUUUGAUAUCGGCAAAGGCCGCUGGGCUGGAAGGCCACUGCACGAGCUGCUGUGGGAGAAACACAGAGGAGGCAUUGCCCCUAGUUUUCAAGUUAUCCACAUCAACUCUGUGACCGUGGAUAACCGGCUAGACAACCUACGACUGGUACCGGUGGGCUGGAGCCCCAAGCCAGAAGAGAUUUCCAGCAAGCAGAGGGAGCAAUCUCUGUACUGGCUGGCAAUCCAGCAGGUCCCAGCUGAUCCAGUGGAGGAGCAGUACCUGGAGCUGAGCCGCACACGCUACUAUAAUGCUAACGGGGAGCUAGUGGAAGAAGAGGAGUGCUCCUGUACAUACUAUGAGUGUCAUUACCCCCCUUGUUCACUCAUUGAGAGGCGGCUGCGAGAGUUUAAUAUCUGCGGCCGCUGCCAGGUGGCCCGCUACUGCGGCUCGCAGUGUCAGCAGAGGGACUGGCCGGCCCACAAGAAGCAGUGCCGCGAGCGCAAGCGGGUGCUGGCCCUGGAGUCGGAGCCCGAACGAUGAUCUGCCCUCACCCUCGUUUGAGAGAGGAGGAGGGGACAGGGUUAGAUUUGUGGGAGGGGGAAAAAACGUGAACUUGCUGACAAGAGACUUAAUGACAGAAGACAAUGUUUGAUUGACUGACAGUUCAGGCUCUAACAACAUGGAGGAGGGGGAAGAGGAAUACAGCAAAGACAUCUGCCACUUCCCAGAACUCUGUUCUCCAUAGCUUGCUUUUCAUGUGGAUUGCAGGGAAUUUAUUUUUGUUUUGGUUUGUUUUUUUUUUUUUUUUGGUCUCUAUAGUUCUUGUGGAGGGAGAACUUCGAGCUCAAGCUGCUGCUAUGGUUUUAUAAGUGAGGGGAGGGGUGGAAGAGUUGUGUCGCUGACGAACUUGACAGGCUUCUUUGGACCAUAGUCAAACAGACCGUUCUUGUCAUCUACUUUCCUUCCUCCACCCUGCCACUCCGCCGCUAACGGCGGUGGGGGGCAGGACCACGGAGCUACAGGACCCGUCGCUCAGCUGGUACAACGGGACACGGACCUUCUCACUGUAUCGCUCCUUCUCAGACCACCCUCAUGCAACUAAAUGGCUGCUGUGUUCAUGAUCAUCCACACCCUAAGCACCUCGUCUUGUCCUUCUCCCCCACGCAGAUUACACAGUUUGGAUCACACUACCAGUAUUGAGUGUACAUGUGUGCGUGAAUGCAAGUGGGUGUAUGUACUGCCAAUAUGCGCUGAAGGACAUUAAAAAUGGUGGCUUGUGUGUCAGGUUAAUAUAUGUUUUUUAUUUUUUUGCUCUUUAAAGGGGCCAUAUUACCCAAUUUUAAAUGUCCUAUUUAAUCAGAAAUUGGUGGUUUGAAAAAAUAUUUUCACUGUUCUAUAAAAAGAUUUAGCUGCCAAAAUAAAGGCUUAGUUUUCUACUAGAACUUUUCCUGUUUAUUUUUGUUUUAAUUGGUUGGAUUUGGCUUGUAUUUUCUUACUUAUCCCACCCAAUGCUGGAGUUUUGCGUUAUUUUCAACCUUCCUGUUGUUGAAAAUUUGAUGUUACUCAAUCUCUCCCCUUUCCCUUCAAAGUAAAAGCACUGGCGGGAGAAACAGAUUUGUCAUGUUCUCACAACUUGCAGGAAGUAUCUUGACCAAAGUCUACUCUUGGCCUCUGUAGCUCGGCCACUCCUAACUGGUUCAAAUUCUUCCAGUAUGUCUCUUUGCUGGUUUCAAGUCGCCCGUCUCCAGCUGUGUUUUACAGGUUUAUGGUUUGUUUGCGUUAUUUGGAGAGGGUGCUCUUGUUUUUUUUUUUUUUUUUUUUUGAAGAUUGUCUAUCUAUGAAGGUAUAUUUAUUUAAUGACUUGAUUGUGAAACAUGUUAAUAUUUGAAAGUAAAUAUAAGAAAUGGGACCUUUUCUAGAUGAUUGAGUUCAGAAUUUCUUCCCUUAUAUUGGAUUUUUGUGCUUUCCUGAUUCCCAAAUGAGUCCUCCUUAGUGUUGCCCUUCCAUUUUUUUUUUGGUGAAAACACUGCACACUGUCAUUGUCACUAUAAUCUUCCAUGAAGGAGGAUGUCUUGGGAGAAAGAAAUCCUAAAUCUCCUCCUACAGAAAAUUCUGGAGACUGAUUGUUAUCGUCUGCCUUUGUUUCCUACAAAACAGAUAGUGAACUAGUGGACUUUCUUAAUCACCUGCCUUCCUUGUUUUUCCUGCGAUGCACACCUACUAAACGUGUCCUUUUGUGUCUUAGAUGAGUCCGAACACUUGAGCAUGUGUUUCGCUCAUGUACAUGCAAGUUUUCGUUUUUUUUUUUUGUCUGGAUCUGAACAGGUUUUCAAUACUGCACUAAAAUUUGGCUCCUGCUGUUUGCGUUCAUUGGAUUUAUGGAUUGAAGGGAGGGAUGUUUUUUUUCUUUUCAGAGUGUACAGGUCGCGUCACAUUUUGUUUUUCUAAAAAUUUAGUCAUUAAUCACCUAGAAAUAAAGAGCUAAAGUAUGUGAAAGGAAGUAGAGUUGGAGAUAAUUCCCAGUUGCUUUUUCAUUGUAAAAUGAUAAUAAAAGUUAAAUGAAAUUCA